AUGCGUUUCAAAGAAUUUAGAGAUUUAAUUAUAAAAAAUUUUUUGCAAAUUUCACCUACUGUAACUGCAACUGAUUUAUUCCAUCUAAAAAAUCAAAAACAUCGCAAACAACCAAAUGAAGCACCAGACGAUAAACAUUAUCAAGAACCUAUCCCAGUACCUGAAAACUUCAAAAGAAGCAAGUAUUUUAAAAAUUGCAAGCAAUGUACUAAAAAUAAAACAAGAAAACAAACACAAUUGCAGUGCAAAGAAUGUACAGUACCACUCUGCGCAGGUAAAUGUUUCGAAAGUUGGCAUAAGGAGUAA